AUGGAAAGUGCUAAUGAGACUUCAUCUGUGAUAGAGUUUGUUCUCUUGGGACUCUCAGCUCAUCCAAAGCUGGAGAAAAUGUUCUUUGUACUCAUCCUCUUCAUGUAUUUGGUGAUUCUGCUGGGCAAUGGGGUUCUCAUCCUGGUGACUGUGUCUGUCUCCCGCCUGCAUACACCCAUGUACUUCUUCCUAGGGAACCUCUCCUUCCUGGACAUCUGCUACACAACAUCUUCAGUCCCCCUCAUUCUUGACAGCUUCCUGACUCCCAGGAAAACCAUCCCCUUCUUAGCCUGUGCUGUGCAAAUGUUUCUGUCCUUCGCCAUGGGAGCCACUGAGUGUAUGCUUCUGGGCAUGAUGGCAUUUGAUCGCUAUGUGGCCAUCUGUAACCUCCUUAGAUACCCUGUGAUCAUGAGCAAGGCUGCCUACAUGUCCAUGGCUGCCAGUUGCUGGGCAGCUGGAAGCACUGCCUCCAUGGUUCAAACCUCAUUGGCAAUGAGGUUGCCUUUCUGUGGGAACAACAUCAUCAACCACUUUACUUGUGAGAUUCUGGCUGUUUUGAAGUUGGCCUGUGCUGAUAUUUCUAUUAAUGUGAUCAGCAUGGGAGUGACAAAUGUGAUCUUCCUGGGGGUCCCAGUACUGUUCAUCUUUGUCUCCUAUAUCUUCAUACUCACCACCAUCCUGAGGAUCCCCUCAGCAGAAGGGAGGAAAAAGGCCUUCUCCACCUGCUCUGCCCACCUCACAGUCGUGAUUGUCUUCUAUGGCACCAUUCUCUUCAUGUACGGGAAGCCCAAGUCUAAGGAUCCACUGGGGGCAGACAAACAGGACCUUUCAGACAAGCUCAUCUCUCUUUUUUAUGGGGUUGUAACCCCCAUGCUCAACCCCAUCAUCUACAGCCUGAGGAACAAGGAUGUACAGGCUGCUGUGAGAAAUCUGGUAUUUCAGAAAUGCUUCACUCAGUAA